CAACAUCUCCUGUCUCCAAGACACGAAUCACCAAUCAUCAGAAACAAAAACCUAACCUUUUUCUUUUUCUUUCUUUUUUUUGCUUCGAAGAUUCGUUGCAACAUUCCAUUUCGGGGGUGUGGAACCAUGUCUUGUGAACGAGGGAAUAUGGCGUCGAGCGAAUCGGGAAGGACUCUGCCGAAAUUCGGGGAAUGGGACGUGAAUGAUCCGGCGACCGCCGAGGGGUUCACGGUCAUAUUCAGCAAAGCCGGCGAAGACAAAAAGACGGGUGGAGCCUCGAAUAGAUCCGUUUCUCAGAGGAAGCCCGAUAAUGGUAAACCCACCUCCAAGAAAUGGCUCUGCUUCACCUUCUCGUGAAGAUGCCUUGUCCGUAAAGUUUCUUGAUUUCUUAAUCUCAGAGAUUUAGUUUUUACUUGUAGUACAUCUUGAUUUCGGGAAAAAAAAAUGUAUAUUUGCGUGAUGUUUCAAUACAGAGAAGGGUAUAGGAUAUUCCACAGUGUAUGUCUUUUUAGAUCAUUCGAACACUCGUGUGCUCUGUUUCGGGUGAAAUAAUAAUUUCUCUUUUUUUCGUUUA